AUGAAUGGCCGCUUUGCAAGCGGAGCAUUGGAAGCCAUGGACCUCUGCAGCUCACCGCCACCGUCGCUUUCUGGCUUCCUCACGGAAUUCGCCCUCUUUCCUCAGCUCCCCCUCGAAUUGCGCCUCCAGAUCUACGCCGAGUUCAACAAGAUGUCCCCUCGCGUCCUCUCCGUUAAACCCGGCGCGCACUCGUCCCUGCUCUGCGCCAGCGCCCACCCUGCUCUCCUCUCCGUAAGCGCCGAGUCCCGAGCCGAGACGCUGAAAUCGCACUACCCGAUCAGCGACAUAGAAGGCAACCCCAGGUUCUACUACAACCCUCUCCUGGACACCAUCCACCUGACCAGCGACACGAAAUACUCCUCUGACGCCUCAUCCACGUCCACCCCCCCUCAAGACGCAUGGCUGCUCUCCCUCAUGCAGAUCACAUCGUCGCUCCCUCCCAGCCUGGGAGUCUACAGCCUCGCGCUCCGCGGCGUCCAAACGCUGCCUCCACCGGGCGCCUUACUCGAGUCCGGCGGCGCGAAGGUUAGGGAGAUGCUGAUGCUCGUGGGACCUGGCGGUCACCGGAGAGGGCCAAGCACGUAUUGUGGGAUUGGGGUUGGGUUUAUGCGGAAGAUGAUGGUGAGAGAGGUGGAGCGGAGCUUGGAGUUGAUGGAGGCCGGUUUUGAGACGGGACGGGCGCCUGUGCUACUUGCCCUUGUUGGAGGUGGCGAGGGGGACGAGGGGCUCGAGGAGCGGCUGUUGGAUGAGAGGGGGUGGGGCGAGGUUAUUGUCUAG